AUGUCAGAUAAAGAGGAUGAAAAGAAACAGGCUAACCCAAUUCAUGAAAGCACGCUACAAGCCAAGUCGUUAGAGCUGGCGACUGAACUUUCAAAAUACAAGAUUCAAGUGGCUUGCGUUCAGGAAAUUAGGUGGAAGGAGCAAAAAACAAGUGUUUUAAAGGGUUAUAAGCUAUGGUAUGCAAGUUUGGAUGGAAAGCGAAGUGGAGUCAGUAUUCUUGUAGCUAAUGAUAUCCUAAAGCAAGUGGUAGAAGUUAGGAGGUGCAAUGAUAGGAUUAUGCUAGUUAGAAUAGUAGUGGGAGAAGAGAUAUCAUCCCUUGCCAAUGAAAAAGUUUUUAUAGGUGGAGAUUUCAAUGGAGACAUAGGUAAGGAGGCAGUUAACUAUAGCUCAGUUCAUGGCGGGUUUGGUUAUGGUGUAAGGAACGAGAGUGGAUAG